AUGGAUGUAAUGCAGAGUAUGAUUAAAAGACAACUAGAGAAGAGUGGAACUUCCAAAAUGGCCACUCCCAAAAGGAUUAUCCAUUUUGCUAAUGGAGACAUCAUGGAAGAAUAUAGCACAGAGGAGGAAGAAGAAAAAGAGGAACAGAAAAUAAAUUCGACACUGGACUCUUCUCAGCUUUCAUGGGGGGCCUCCCUGUGGUUUUGGGCAGGACGAAUAGCAAGCACUUCAUUUUCUACCUGUGAAUUCCUCGGUGGAAGAUUUGCUGCCUUCUUUGGUCUUACUCAACCCAAAUAUCAGUAUAUGCUGAAUGAGUACUAUAGGAUGCAAAAUAAGGAAAAUGACAAGGAACCUGAAGGGACUGGAUCCAAGGCCCAGGAAGCUGAAGUUCCUGAUGAGAAGUGUCACCUGGAGACUGCAGACCAAGAGUAUGGGACACAGCGGCAGGACAGAGCAGAGGCUGUUCCUUAG